GCGAGAGGCGAGAGGCGAAGAGCAGCUCUACAAGAAAUCCUCAUCCACACGGCUCAGAUCAGCUGAAACCGAUGCGCUCCAUUAUUGUUCGCGAAACGAGUCUACGAUCCGGUUUGAAUCCUUACACAUUCGCUUUUUUUUCUGUUGGUUAAUAAAAAAAAAAAGAACCUCCAGGUCGCUCCAAGUUUAUGCUAAUCGAAAAUCGAUAGGCGACCGAAGGAAGGUUUAAGCUCUUUUUUACAAAUUGUGGCGGGCGCGGAUAUUUUUUUUCGACGGUAGUGAUAACCGAUUACGGGAAACGAACGCGGAAAACGAUUUUCCUGAAACCUCGGGCGGUCGAAUCGAAUCGAACUGUUUGUGUAAAAUUGUGAAUUAAAUAUCGAGAAAUAUAUUUGAGGUGUUUUUUGUGGUUUGAAAUUGGUUGGUGAAAAGUAGAAGAAGUUCUCAUUGAGAUAAGUGGCUUUUGUGGAAAGUUAGUUUUUUUUUUAUUUUGAGAAUCAAAAUGAUGGCAUACCAGCAAAGAGUGAACCAGUUUAGAUCAAGAAUUGACUUUGACGAUCCGUCGACUACCAAGCCACAGAGCUUGGCCAAGUCGGCUGUUCUGCAGGCCCUUGAGGACGAGGAGCGUGAGCAGAGCCGGGUGGGCAAAGGUUGGCAACGUCCCAGUCGCUCGAGACAACGAGAUGCACCCGCUACGCCACGGACCAGAACACCGUGCAUCGACCGGGAAACGGUCAUGCGGAUCAAUCGUCGUCCGCUGCGACAUCGAUCUUGUGACAACUUUUGGCCCCCGGCUAGGAGUGCUUCCCCCCUCGACAGGACGGGGCCUUCCGUGGGGGAAACCGAAGGUGGGUCCUUUGCAUAUGACGGCGUGCGACGCUACGGUAGUCAUGAAAGUGUAUACUUUGAUGAACGGGUUCGCAAGCAGCACAAAAUCGAUCCACUGCGAACCAAGUUCGACAAGGCCAAUGUCGUCCUAGUGGACUGGGGUAGAAAAGGUGACGCAGGGAUGGGAACCAGUGAUAAUGGAGCGUUUGACAACCAAAGUUGGGAAAAAGUUGAUGACAUUGCUAAUAAUUCCAUUAAACGAGGUGAAAAUAUUGAAAGUGAAAAGCUUCCCUCACAGCAGAAGGUGACACCAGAUGACGCAAAAAAGGAAACGAGGGAUGAGGGUGCGGUUUUUGGAUACGAGGAAGCAAAACCCAAUCCACCAUCACCACCUCCGAGGCGGUACUUCUUACCAAUAGAACAGCUGCAAUCCGGCGUUGGGGUAGAGAUUCACCUUCGAUGCUACAAAGUUUCUCCCAACCAAGAAGAGCUCCAGGAUGAUCCAAUCCAAUCCAAGAUUGAUAAUUACCCCAACAGUCAUCAGCAAACGAGACAGCCUUUCCAUUCUACACCGGCUGCAGCACCAGCUUCAGAUGGUGAUAGCAUUCUCCAUCGGGAUGGAAUUCAAUCGAAACCACCACUCAAAGCCAGAAGCACUCCAACGAAGCGCAUCAACCUCAGCAGCAAACCACCCACUCCAGUUCAUUUCUCCAUCAACCACAAUGACACUCAUAAUUCAGACAAUCCGGCCACCCAGCAACGGGAUGAGUUCAAUAUAAAUUCAGAUACGAUUUUGAAUUUAAAUAUUGACACCGGCUCCAAUCCAAUGCUGAUGCCAAUGCCACCACAAAUCACCGUCACCGGAUACCGGGAUCAGACGACAAACACCACCACUAAUCAUUUCGACAAACGUCACCCCGAGCAACAACAGCACCAUCAAACAGUGCCACCGAAAACAAACGACCAAUUAUUAAAUGAAAUAAUAGAUGAAAAUCAUAAUUACAAUGAAAAACUAAUUACAAACAGCGGUCGAUCCAAUGCGGGAUCCCACCCAACAGCUUCAUUCUUCGCCGAAAUCGACCGCCAAUGUCUCUCCGGAGAACUCCCUAACGAGCAACAUUCAAAAUUAAAUGUAUCAAAUCAGCCAAAUCGUAAUUGGAUUAAUUUAAAUUCAAAUGAAAUUUAUCCCCUUGCCGGUGGCAGUGGCAGCUUCACUAUUCAAGCCCCACUUUGGGAUCGGCCGGCAGGCGAAUGGAAGGAUCCAUCGACAGUAGCGACAUCUGCUGCACGUAUGACACAAACACGUGUCCGUUGCGAUUCAUUUGCUGCUGCUUCUACCAAUGGCGGCGGCACUGUUUCACGCCCACCGGAGGAGACUAAUGAUGACCACCGGACGGCAACGGCUGGCCAUGUCGACACCGGUGCCUCGAACAACAGCAGCUACGACUGCGACGUUCACAAUAAUUACGAUAAUAAAAGUGUUAAAAGUAAUUAUGGGGAUCCGAUGCGAACAACGGCGAACGACGAGCUGUCAGCGUCAUCAUCGAAGGACCAACGGCUGCGGCGAUCCGAGAGUCACGACUCAGUCCGAAGCUGGCGAGUUGAUGAGGUUCUCGAGUUUCCACCCCCACCGCCGUAUCUGUGUCUGUGCGAAGAAGGGAAGGUUCCCUCUGGUAGGUGUUCCGCGGAGAGGUCGGCUUUUCUGGAAGUCUUGGAUAGCGGAGCGCAAAUCUGCGAUAACCGCAACCCAACGUCCACCACCAGUGCCCAGCAAUGCAGCACACCAUGCAAGGCCGACAAUCCGACAAUAUCCCAAAGCUGUCGUCAGGAUUCAACUUCAACGGUCCCAUCGCCAUCAAGCACUGCUGAUGUUUGUCCCACUUUCGAACGAUGGGACGAUAAUCGUGCUGCAGCGACUGACACCAGCCACUACCAGCAAAUGCGCCGUACUGAUGAUUAUUUUAAAACAAAUUUAACGGAUGAUAAAUUUUUGAGCGAAAAUGUAAAUAUUGCAUGUAAUUCAAGCGAUGACCAACAGCAACAACAGCUGCGUAGAAAACUACGGAGUGACACCACGGUUAGUGUUGACCCUCGAGGCACCAGCGACAGUCUGAUGGUCAACAGAUUCCACCGGGCGGCCAGCGGAGUGCAAAAUUUCGAUCCGCUGCACAAAUCAAUCGACGCAUUUCUGGGCGCCGAGCGUCAUUCGUCUCCUAAAUGCAGCAACUUCACUACCGGUGAUCCGGCACCGCCGUCCCCACCACCUCCGGAAUCCAAAAAUAGCACCCGGUACAUCAGUUUCACCGACGGAGAGUAUAUUUUCGGCCCAUACGAUGCACGGUCGGAGGAAUUUCAGCGAUUCGACCUGUGGGGUGGUGAUUUUCACAAGCGCCAAAAUUGCUGCUGCCAUCACAGGCCGUGUAAGAAACGGUCACCAAGUGGGACAUCAGAUGGCAGCAGCAGCACCAGUACGGCAAGCACCUUAUGCCUCGAAUGCCAGCACCGCUGUUCGGUGACCAGCAGUGAAACGUUGAAAGAGGUCGACGGGCUGGCGGAAAGCGAAACGUCCAAAUCGCCACAGCAGCGAAAGGCAAACCAGGUGGAAAAUUAUGAUGACACACCGAGAAUUGUUCCAGCCGGAAACGAACCACCACAACGGCCAACAUCAAUAUCCUACGGCCGCUGGGUGCGCUUUGAGAAUGGAAAUAUGUCCCCACCGCCACCUGCACCGCAGUCCCCAUCGGGUCACCAUCGGUCACCAACCCCACGGGUGCCGACGCCCUACCCAAGUCCCACCCGGGAUGGCGAGGAAGAGGACGAAAACCACCAUCAGGACAUUUUCGAUCAAUUCGCUGCAGCAAUCGAGCAUCAACCCCAAUCGAUGCCGGAUUUGGUCGAGAACGUUCCCCUGAUUGAUGCCGUACUCGAUGAUUUGCUGACGUUCUCAAAGACACUUGUCCUGCGGCAUUCGCCGACUUCUUGUGCCGAGGAUUUCCCGUUAGCCGCCGUACGUGAGGAGGCAAAAAUUGUCGAGAUAAAUGACGAUAAUUUAAUUAAUUUAUUAGCUGACGAUGAUGACAAUAGUGGAACGAAAGUGGUUGGUGAAACCCAAAGCCGCCACUCAGUGUUGGGCGGAGUGAAUGCCGCUUUAGGGAAGAAAAGUUUGCCUUCUAAGCAGGGUGACAUAGAAGAUGAUGCCAGCACCACCAAGCGACAAGAAAAUAGUGGCCAUGAGAGCUUUCGAGAGGAAAAAUGUGCCUUGAAUACCAAUGAAGAGCGAGAGCAGCUGGAGUCCGACAGCCAACAUCGCUCGGCUGACGAUUCCAAAGACGUGAUAGACAAUUAUUUGAGCACGAGGCGCAAUCAGGAGGACAUUUUCGCCAACGUUGCCAUUUUCAACUGGAAUCCACUGGACGUCUAUCACCAGCAUGGACUGUUUAUGAUCGAUCCACGUUUCGCGCUGGCGGACCUGCAUGCCACUACCCCUGACAACACCACCCAUGGUCAAGAUGACAGCUAUAACGAGCGGGUAGCGAGAACCUUCAAUGGCAGCCGCAAGAGAAAUGACGCACAUUUAAAUUCACCAAAGCGUGAGUCGGCUUCCAAUGAUAGGCACCCCCCAACAGUAGUUGAAGCCGCGGCAGAAGUACAAGUUGACGACGAUGAUACUGGAGGCCGAGCUGAGACUGGUAUUGGCAUAGCAGGAAUAACUGAUGGUGCAGAUCCGUCAUCGGUGGACGUGAAUUCAUUUGCAACUCAACUAGCAGGACUAGGAGAUACUGCCACCGGCAAUGACGAUGACGACGAUGGCUGCUUGCUCGAAAGUCAUAAAAUCCCGAAUGACAGGGCCAGUCCGAUGGCGAUGGACCAUUUUUACGACUCAGCUCACGUCGAAUAUCCGGUGCGGGCAGACUUGUGCACCAUCAUUCAGGAAUGCCAUCAAUCGCCCAAGGAAUCUGAUUAUGAUAAUGAUCCGGCCAAGAACACCACCACCACCACGACCGGCAGCAGGAGAAGCAGCCUACAACGGCAAAAGUCCACGGGCCGAGGUGAAACGGAAGGUUUGAAGCGUGUUGCCUGGCCACCACCAGCUGAGCUCGGUGACGAUUAUCAGCACCAGCAGCCGGCGCAACAGCAACAGCAGCAGCCGUACCAUUAUCCACCCCAGCAGGAACAACAGCCGGCUCAACAGCAGCCGCAUCAAUUCUACCCUCAACAGCAGCAGCAACAGCAGCAUCAACCACAAGCUCAUACACAGCAGCACCAACCACGUGAGCGUAUCAUCCCAAUCCAAAGGGCUACAUCCCACACCUCACCGCUCCAUACCCCGAAGUCACCGGUCAAUCAGCUCAAGUAUCCGAGCUACCCGCCAUCGUCACCCCAUCAUACACUGUCGGCGCCCCACUACCCAGCCCAGCAGCAGCGCCGUGCCGUCUCCCCAUUGGGUGGCUCAUCGACUGUAGCCUUCAGUGGAGGUCGUGCCGUUGUGCCUCAAAAACAACCGGCUCGCCCUGUGAGUGCUCCGUACUAUCAGCAACAACAACAACAACAGCAGCAGCAGCAGCAGCAUCAAAACCGCUACUCGUCACCAUCGACGGCUUCCUUGGCUUCGCCCCGUUCGCCCCAGGUCAUCAGUGGUGGCCAUAGCCCACGCGGUUGGGCUCACGUUAAAUCACCGGUCCCGGUGUACCGACCAACACCCCAGCAACAGCAGCAGCAGCAGCAUCAGCAGCAGCAUCUGCACCAGCAACAACCGUACGUCCCACCGCCCUUUCAAACGCAACCCGCUCCGUACCAACAACAGCAACGACCAACCUCCGGUGCUGGGUACGGUUACGGUUACGGACCGAGAAAGCCUGAACCAUCAACCCAACAACCACAGUAUCAACCACAUCCGACGCAAGCUUUCCAACCGCUAGUGUCUCAACAACAACAACAACAGCAACAGCAACAGCAUCAGCCGGAAGCCAUCCCACAGCACUAUCAACAGCCCCAACAACAGUUCCAUCAACAACAACAACAACAACAACAAAAACCACCAGCAGUAGUAGCGGACAGUCAAAUUCCAUUCUUCACCACACUACGCAAAGAAGCACCAAUGUCGCAGGAACCGACUCCCGUCUAUCAAACUGAGCCAGUUGCUGCAAUUUAUCAAGGCGGUACCAAUAUGCGUGGAGAUCAGAAAUGGCCACCGGAGGAUGUCAAGAAACAAUCUGAACUGGAGAACGAAGAACGCCGAAAGCUCGCCCAGCAGCCCGCUUUCCGUCCACGUAAAGUGCAAAAAGAUUACUCCAAUUUCUUCGCAAAAAAUGCCAUCAACGCAACCUACCCUGGCUAUCGGGCACCACCCGGCACUCAACACCAUUCGUAAAACUGCAGCCACACACCAACCACUACACGAUCAACACACGCACAUACGCUACUAGACCAACUAGAACAACACUUAUGGAAUUACAGCAAAACACACAACACAAAACCUAAUGAUAAUAGAAUAAACUAGAACGUGUCGACCUGCUAAUGUUAGAUAGAAUUUUAAAAAUGAUACUUUCACCAACACCAAACAACUACACUUCAAGACACUUUUGGCAACAGAAUCAACACACUUACCUAACAACUAGGCGGAAGGAGUUCUCCAGUUAACCUUACAGUUCUUGUACUCAGU